UCUUUCUUUUUUUACAACAAUGGUGCCGACUUCACAAAAACGGUUACAAGACAUUGGCGCCCAAAUGAGGAGAGGAAACUUUGUUUCUACGCCACAAAAAAAAAAAUGAUGUUCGAUUUCUUCUGGCACAGCAAAAUUUGUUUAUUUAUGCAAAAGAAGAGAUCUUGAUUUGUUUAGAGGAAGGACGAGGUUGCUGCUGCUAGCCUGCUACUAAGUUUUAAGCUUACUAUUUCUUCGCACGAUGGAAUAAUACGGGGUGGUUUUAUGUCUGCUAUCAAGUUUGAAUGAAGAGAGAUUAAAACGGGAAUUCAUUCACCUAUUUCAACUACCAUAUUAACAAUGCUGAUGGCGCUGUCCCAUAAAUUCGAGUAACCAAGCAGAUGACACUCACAUGACUUGGGAGCUGUGUUUCUCUCUCUGUUAUGCUUAAAGGUGCUAGAUGCUAGAUGUCAAAUUAAUUGCAUCUCACGCAUAAGCAGGUCAGCAAUCAAGGAGGAAAAUGAAGGCCUUCUCUGAUCAAGUAAACAAAGUAAAGCUUGGGGAGGAUGGUGUACCAUCAUUUCUUGCUAUUGAGGUAGAGAGUGGAAAGGAAGGGAAGGAUGGUAUGCCGUCAGUUGGUCCAGUGUAUAGGAAUCUACUGUCGAAGAAUGGAUUUCCACCAAUGGAUCCUGAGACUAGUACUGCGUGGGAUAUUUUCAGGAACUCUGUAGAGAAAUAUCCUGGAAAUAAGAUGCUUGGAAGGCGUGAGGUAAAAAAUGGGAAGCUAGGGCCUUAUGUGUGGAAAACUUAUAAAGAAGUCUAUGAGGAGGUUUUGCAAAUUGGUUCUGCAUUGCGGGCAUCUGGUGCUAAACCUGGUUCCUGCGUUGGAAUAUAUGGUUCAAACUGUCCUCAAUGGAUUGUGGCAAUGGAGGCAUGCAAUGCUCACAGUUUAAUUUGUGUUCCACUUUAUGAUAGCCUUGGGCCAGGGGCUGUCAAUUUCAUUAUAGAUCACGCAGAGAUAGAUUUUGUUUUUGUCCAAGAUAAGAAAGUGAAAGAAGUUCUGAGUCCUGAUUGCAGAGCAGCUCAACGACUCAAAUCAAUAAUCUGCUUUACUUCCUUCCCAAGUGAAGUGAAAGAUGAUCUUGGCAUCACUGGAAUGAAACCGUACUCCUGGAAUGAGUUCCUCGAGAUGGGAAAAGAAAAUCCAGUUGAACUUUCACCACCUCAGCCUUUCAGUGUAUGUACAAUAAUGUACACAAGUGGAACCAGUGGUAACCCAAAAGGUGUUGUUUUGACGCAUGAAACUAUUGCAAUCAAUGUGAAAGGAGUUGAUCUUUUUCUGGAACAAUUUGAAGACAAGAUGACGGUGGAUGAUGUCUAUCUUUCUUUUCUUCCUCUUGCUCAUAUUCUGGACCGCAUGAUCGAGGAAUAUUUUUUCCACAGAGGUGCUUCUAUUGGCUACUAUCAUGGGGAUAUUAAUGCGUUGAAGGAAGAUAUGAUGGAAUUGAAGCCCACUUUUUUUGCUGGUGUUCCACGAGUUUUUGAAAGAGUGCGUGAAGGAGCAAUGAAGAAAAUAGAAGAACUCAGUCCAAUAAAGAGGAAAAUCUUUGACAUUCUUUACAAAUACAAACUUGGUUGGAUGAGAUUAGGGUACAAACAGAAAUAUGCAUCUCCACUGGCAGACUUACUAGCAUUCAGGAAGGUUAAGGAUGGACUGGGUGGUCGAGUUCGACUAAUAAUAUCUGGUGGUGCCCCCUUGAGCUCUGAGGUGGAAGAAUUCUUGCGAGUUACUAGCUGUGCCUAUUUUACCCAAGGCUAUGGACUGACAGAGACAUGCGGGAUGACAACACUAGGCUUCCCAGAUGUAAUGCCAUUGUUUGGCAGUGUUGGUGUUCCGUUUGUAUAUUCUGACCUACGUCUUGAAGAAGUUCCAGAUAUGGGCUACAGUCCAUUUGGCAAUCCUCCACGUGGUGAGAUAUGUGCCAGAGGAAAGAGCAUAUUCUCAGGGUACCACAAAAAUCCUGAACUGACCAGGGAAUCCAUUAGAGAUGGGUGGUUUCAUACAGGGGAUAUAGGUGAGCUUCUGCCUAAUGGGGGCCUAAAGAUCAUUGAUAGAAAGAAGAAUAUUUUCAAACUCUCUCAAGGAGAGUAUGUUGCAGUUGAGUAUCUGGAGAAAAUCUAUAGUUUUGCUCCUAUUGUUGCAGAUAUAUGGGUGUAUGGAGACAGCUACAAGCCAAUGCUGGUAGCAGUGGUCAUACUGCAUGAAGAGAACACCCGGAAGUGGGCAGAGUUAAAUGGUCAUAAGGGUUCCUCCUCUGAACUAUGUUUGCUCGAUCAUCUGCGGAAUUAUGUUGUCCUUGAGCUAAAAACUGUAGCCGAGAAAAACCAGCUGCGAGGUUUUGAGUAUAUCAGAGGAGUUAUUUUGGAUUCAGUGCCAUUUGAAAUGCAAACAGAUUUGGUAACUCCUACGUUGAAGAAAAGAAGAGAUCGACUGCUUAAACAUUAUCAGGUAGAAAUCAAUAAUGUUUAUCGAAGUUUGACAGGAGAGAAAUGCUAGUCUUGUUUUUCUUCUUCUUCUAGAUGUAUCAUCUGGUUGAUAACUAGGAAUGUGCAGCAUAGUCAUGGCAGUAGCUGCCGCCGAGCAUAAAAUGAUAAUAUCCUUGUCCCAAUAAAUAAUGUGGGGAACACCACUUUGACUUGUUAUAGUUGGUACUUGCAGAAGAAAAUGCAAUCAGAAAGAAAUUUUAUGCAAAAUCGUGAAUAUUAGGCUC